AAGUGUCACUGCUGCCAGUAUCGGCACUUUCUCUUGUGGAAGAUCUCCUCUUUUGGCCUCUUCUCGUUCUCUCUCUCUCUCUUCGCGGAUCAUGUCUAUGAAUUGCAGUCUUGUGCGUUUUCUCUUUCUUCUGGUUUUCUCAAGCAGUCUAAUGCUCCGCAUAAUCGCUGCCGCAACCAUCACUCAUCUUCCCGGCUUCAACGGCGCACUUCCGUUCCAUCUGGAAACAGGAUAUGUGAGCUUGGAUGAAGUAACGCAGGCCGAUCUCUUCUACUAUUUCGUAGAAUCAGAGAGAAAACCUAGCGAGGACCCUCUCAUUCUCUGGCUCACCGGAGGCCCCGGCUGCACCUCCUUUUAUGCCUUGGCUAGAGAGAUUGGCCCCAUUCGAUUCAAGGUUGCCCCCUAUAAUGGAACCUUACCUAUGUUAGUUUAUAAUCCUUAUGCUUGGACAAAGAUCUCCAAUGUUAUCUUCUUGGACUGGCCUGCUAUGACUGGAUUCUCAUUCUUGAGAAAUGAUGAAAGCUAUAUCACAAAUGACAUUAAAUCUUCAAAAGAAAUUUACAAUUUUCUUAAGCAGUGGCUUCUUGAUCACCCGCAUUUUCUCUCAAACCCUUUCUAUGUUGGUGGUAAUUCAUAUGGCGGCAAGAUGGUACCAAUUGUGGCACACAAUAAAACAAUCCUAGGAAUUGGAGCAGGACAACACCCAUUAAUCAACCUCCAGGGUUAUAUAAGCAAUAACCCAGUCACUUCUACGGUACAUGACGUCAAUUCAAGGGUCCCGUAUGCCCAUGGAAUGGGUAUCCUUUCAGAUGAACUUUUUCAGGCUAUUCAGAGAAGCUGCCCAGGAGAAAACUACAAAAGGCCUAGGACUGGUCCUUGUAUUGAACAGAUCAAGAUCUUUAGGGGUUUCAUGAAUGAGCUAAUGAUGGAUAACUUUUUGACUAAAAAAUGCGAAGGGGAAUCCACAAGGCCAGCGUUGAGUAAUGCAGCUGAAGCAGACAGAUCUAUACUAAAGCAAAAAUCAACAGAUCUUCGCUCACCUCCUCCUGUUCCUGAUAUCAAAUGCUCAACAUAUGCUAGUUAUCUUGCCUAUCACUGGGCAAACGACAACGAUACCAGAGCGGCUCUCCAUGUCAAGGAGGGAACUGUGAAGGAAUGGCAGAUUUGCAGGGAUGACUUCCCCUACGAUGAUGCACUGGUCAAUAGCAGUAUACCUUACCAUCAUGAUUUAAUAGCCAGAGGUUACCGUGCUCUGGUUUUCAGUGGCGACCAUGACUUGACUGUUCCAUUUUUGGGAACAAUGGAGUGGAUAGGAUCUCUCAACUUGUCAAUCAUCGAACCAUGGCGAUCGUGGCAUGUUAACGGUCAAGUUGGUGGAUACACAGUGAGGUACUCGAAAAAUUUAACAUAUGCAACUGUGAAGGGUGGAGGUCAUGAGCCGGCAAAGGAUAGGAAUAUGGAGACCUCGGCUCUGUUUAAUCGGUGGAUUUCUCAUAAAUCUUUGUAAUUUGAUGCGUUUGUAACGAGAGAGACUUCAAACAAAGUAUCAUUUUUAUUUAUUUUAGAUGGCAGGUCAAAUGAUUGAGUGAUAAUUUUGUAUUUUUGCCAUUGCCCUUGCUCGAAGCUAUAAUUUGAAAUAUCAAACAUAGCACCCUAUUUAAGUACU